CAUUAAUUUCUUCUCUCUAGAUCUUUCCACGCUCGCACGCACGCACGCCCCCUUCAUUCUUUCUUAAAUCUAACCCUUCUCUUUCUCCCCUCUCUCAAACACACAUUCACUAAACCUCUUCAUCACCGUUGGAUGGCGAAAUACGGCGAGGGAGAUAAACGGUGGAUCGUCGAAGAAAGACCCGACGGCACCAACGUCCACAACUGGCACUGGUCCGAAACCAACUGUCUAGAAUGGUCUAGAACCUUCUUCACCAACCUUCUUUCCAACCUCACCAUUCUCAACGGCGAAGGUAACCUCUUCAUCAAAACCACCACUAUCCGUAACCUCAACGGCGAAGCCUACAUCAACAUCCGUAAGGGGAAAAUCAUCCCCGGCUACGAAAUCAGCCUCACACUUUCCUGGGAAGGUGAGGCAAGAGAUUCUGAUGGUAAGUCGUUGCUUAAAGUUAACGGCACCGUCGAAAUUCCUUAUAUCUCCGACGAAAACGCGGAUGAGGAUCCCGAACUUAGGGUUAUUGUUGAAGAUGAAGGACCGAUUGGGAAGAGGAUUAAGGAUGCCAUGUUUUCUAAGGGGAAGUUGUUGAUUUUGGAGAAGGUUAGGGUUUGGGUUCAGAGUAUGGCCAAAGGUGGUCCUGUUAAAGAAGAGUUGGAUACUAAGAAGCCAUUGCCGCAACCAUUGAAUCAGAAUCAGAAUUGUGCUCCGGUGGUGACGGCGGCGAAUGCUUCUGUUAAAAAGGAGGAUAAGGUGGCUGAAAAGAAGAAGGCGAAGGAGAAGGAGAGUAAGAAGGGACGGAAAAGUAUUGUGUUGACGGAGAGGUUUAAUUGUAGGGCGAAGGAUUUGUAUGAGAUAUUGAUGGAUGAAAAUAGGUGGAAGGGUUUUACGCAGAGCAAUGCUAGGAUUAGUAAGGAGGUUGGUGGUGAAAUCAGUAUUUUUGAUGGGUCUGUUACUGGUUCUAAUUUGGAGUUGCAAGAAGCUAAAUUGAUUGUUCAGAGAUGGAGAUUUGGAAGCUGGAUUGAUGGCGUUCAAUCUCAGGUGAGGCUUGUUUUCGAGGAGCCUGAACCGGGGGUUACUGUUGUUAAGCUGACACAUACUGAUGUACCUGAGGAAGAUAGGUAUGGGAAUGCUACUGUGGUGGAGAACACUGAAAGGGGAUGGCGGGAGCUUAUUUUCCAAAGAAUACGUGCUGUUUUUGGUUUUGGAAUUUGAGUGUUUUUUCAUGUAGUCUGUCUUGCUUGGUUGUAGAAUUUAUUUGUGGAUUUUUAUAUUUAUAAGGAAAGAUUCAUGGAUUCACAUUGGAUAUUGAGAGUUACAAUGGUUACUGUUGCUUAAUUAUCUUCAUUACUUUAGGCAUCUUCGUAAGUGCAAUAUAAUAGGUUUUUUACUCUGUCUAUUUUGAAUAUGAAUUGUGUGUUGUUACUUGUUCUUGUAACAAUCAUAUUGGGCAAAGGGAUUGAUCUGUUUGCGACUUGAAUGCUACAUAAUAUGAACUUGAACUAGGAAAUGAAAUGCA